GCCCCAAAGCUUUAUAAAAUUCCCCCAUACAUCCGCAUUUCACGUAAUAAACAAAGCAAGGCGUUUUCAGAGCUAGAGUAUCCGAUCUGACACAAGGAAAACGUUUGUUCGAAGGCUGUUUGAGGAAGUGUUUACUCAGGACAAUCAAAGCAUCACAGACUCCUAUCAGCAAAAAUGGAUGAUAUUCAGACUGUUGAGUCAAAACCACUGUUGGUUGACAGGGAGUUACCGGGUCUGAGAGAGGCUGUAAUGCAGCUAGUUGUUAAGUUGGGACUAUUGGCUGCAAACAUGGUUCUGGAGGAUUCUGAUGUGGAGAUGAUUGUGGCAGAAAUUGAAGUGGCUGAGCAUGAUGUGGAGACUCCACAUGGAAGGGUUCACUGUACAAUGAAAGGGGUUCCCAAGGGCGACAGGCCAAUUAUUCUCACCUAUCAUGACAUUGGACUCAACCACAAAACCUGCUGGGACACACUUUUUAACCAUGAGGACAUGUCGGAGAUUAUGCAGCAUUUUGCCGUGUGUCACGUGGAUGGUCCCGGGCAACAUGAAGGAGCAAACACCUUUUCCACUGGAUAUGAAUACCCCUCAAUGGACCAGCUGGCAGAGACCCUCCCCCUGGUGCUCAAGCAUUUUGGGCUCAAGAGUGUCAUCGGAAUGGGCAUUGGAGCAGGGGCUUACAUUUUAACUCGAUUUGCUCUUGACUAUCCAAAUAUGGUGGAGGGUUUGGUGCUUAUCAACAUCAACCCAUGUGCUGAGGGUUGGAUGGACUGGGCUGCCCACAAGAUCAGUGGCUGGACUCAUGCCGAGCCUGACAUGAUCAUCACCCAUCUCUUUGGAAAGGAGGAGAUCCAUCACAACCAGGACCUGAUUGCUACAUACCGCCACCAUAUUAUAAAUGACAUGAACCAGUUUAACCUACAUCUUUUCGUCAAGUCAUAUGAAAAUCGUAGAGAUCUGGAAAUUGAGAGACCUGUCCCUGGAACCAAUGUUAGAACUCUCAAAUGCCCUUCUCUUCUGGUGGUUGGUGAUAACUCUCCUGCUGUUGAAGCUGUUGUUGAGUGCAACACCAAGCUGGACCCUACCAAGACUACCUUGCUUAAGAUGUCCGACUGUGGAGGCAUGCCCCAGGUUGAUCAGCCUGGCAAACUGACUGAAGCAUUCAAGUACUUUAUCCAAGGCAUGGGAUACAUGCCCUCUGCCAGUAUGACCCGUCUGGUCCGCUCCCGCACUGCGUCAGGCUCAAGUGUUGCCUCUAUGGAAGGAAACCGGUCCCGAUCUCACACACACGAUGGUAAUCGCUCGCGUUCUCACACCAACGAGGGCCGCAGUCGCAGUCAUACGGCCGAGAGGGGGCGCUCUCACACAGAUGGUACCACAGACGGCGUGGACCAAUCUGCGCCCAAGUCUACCGAAGUGUCCUGCUAAACCAUACGCUCACCAGAUGAGUUCAGAAACCUCUCCAAAGUUCCCAAAGUUGGUGCUGCGAUGCCCCUAACUGCACGUCGUGAUUCACAAUAACAAACAAGAACUGGAAUUUCAGAGAAUUUAGUCCUGUUAAUACGCACAACUAUACUCCAUCUAAAGUGAACAUGUUUUUUGCAUUGCCAGUUUCCUGAGGAGGGACGUUUUUGGCAAAACAAGUUUUAAAUCACUAAUUCUUGAGACCAGUGCAGUUAGAGGCAACUUUGCAUGUGGGGACACAGAACUGAAACAGUGAAUGUCAGAGAAAGCUGUGGCUAGAGUUCUAAUAUUCAUUUGACAAACAUGAUAUGUUUAAAUGGCACAGCUUUCUCAGCUAUACCUGACUGUAAAUGUCCAGUUUUCUGUCGACCUAUUGAUUACCCAAUAUUUUACUUUUAUGUCUAAGGUUAAAUUGUUUGUAUGUAGGUGCAGAUUUUUAGAUAUGGAGACUGAAUUGGAGGCAUUUGGAUUAAUACUAAAGAUGUAUCUUUUGAAGGGAUAUAACUAAUAUCUUGUGUAUAAAGCAAGUAAUGUUUCAUCCUGCACCUGUUAUUUUAAUGCAUCCCGUACCUGAUGAUUUUUAAUGAUUUCAAAAAUUACAGAUUUUUAGAGAAAACAUUUGCAUUAUACAUUGUUAUGUUGGUGAUUCUGAUUCAGACAUUCCUCACUUUUAUGGUGAUCUCUAUGCAAAUAAGCACAAAGGAACAAAGAUGUGCCAUGAUAUGUUGACUUUUAGGCAAGUUGCUCUGAUCUGGUUGUGGAUUUCUGGGUGAGGGAAUUGAUAUGUCCACAUGUUAUACUCCCACAUGUAUUACUUGCACUAAAGCAACAUUUGCUUUGUAGAAAACAACAAAACAGCUUUGUAAAGAUGCAAUAUUCAUCUGCCUAAUGCUGUAGAAAUGCAUUACAAUGACGCAAGUUUGUAUUUAUUAAAAAAUACAAUAAAAACGUAUAACAUG